CAGUCUGAGCUCGGUGUCGCUUCUACCUCAGCUCCACACGUUGACAGCCACUGCUCACGGUAAGUUUCCACCACUCCGGAAAACUUUAGCCCAUUCAGCGGAGUUAAGACCAGAGCAUCGGCCAGACUCACUUCUCGUUCCCAAUCAUUCUUCUGACUACAAGACUGAUUUAAAAAUGGCCAACAGAGGAACCGUCAAACCCACUGGUAACUUCAACACCAGUGCAGACGCCGAGGUCCUGCACAAGGCUAUGAAAGGACUGGGGACUGACGAGGAUGCCAUCUUGCAGCUGUUGACUGCUCGCAGCAAUACCCAGAGGCAGGAGAUCAAGAACACCUAUAAAACCCUCUUCGGAAAGGAUCUGAUAAAUGACCUAAAAGGAGAGCUUGGGGGUAAAUUUGAAAGCCUUAUUGUGGCUUUAAUGACACCACCCCUCGCCUAUGAUGUCACAUCCCUUCGUGAUGCCAUUAAGGGUGCUGGAACCGAUGAGAAAGUGCUGAUUGAGAUCCUGGCUUCCAGAACGGCCCAUCAAGUGAAGGAAAUAGUGGCUGCAUACAGAAAGGAGUAUGACGACAACCUGGAGGAGGACAUAUGUGGAGACACUUCAGGACACUUCAAGAGACUUCUGGUCAUUCUGCUGCAGGGGAACAGGCAGACUGGCAUCCAGGAGGGAAACAUUGAGGCUGAUGCUCAGGCACUAUUCAAGGCGGGAGAGGAGAAGUUCGGCACAGAUGAGCAAUCUUUUGUGACAAUCUUGGGCAAUCGCAGUGCAGAGCACCUGAGGAAAGUGUUUGAUGCGUACAUGAAAAUGUCUGGAUUUGAGAUCGAGGAAAGCAUUCAAAGGGAGACAUCAGGAAAUCUCAGGGCACUGCUUCUUGCUGUUGUCAAGUGUGCCAGGAGCAUUCCAGCUUAUUUUGCCGAAAGCCUGUACUAUGCUAUGAAGGGAGCAGGGACAGAUGACGCCACUCUGAUCAGAGUGAUGGUGACUCGCAGUGAGGUGGACAUGUUGGACAUCAGAAAGGAGUUUAGGAGGCUGUUUGCCUGCUCCCUGCACUCCAUGAUUAAGGGUGACACCAGUGGAGACUAUCGUAAGGCUUUACUGUUGCUCUGUGGAGGUGACGAUGCAUGAACACAAACAUAGUUUUUAAAGAUGUGCCUUCGCCUGUGGAAGUCUCUUUUCAUAUGAAUCAUGCUUGUGAGUGACAGACGGCUCUCAGGUCUAAAACUAUAUCUUCUCCAAUAACAUGUCUGAAUGGUAGCUAACAUUGUACCUAUGACAGAGUAUGAAAGCAGCUUUGGUCUACUAAUAUUUUACCACUGAAGUCAUUAUGUUAUAAUUUUAAAAACAAAUUGUUAUUGUCUCGUUGCACUUUGUAACCAUUAAAUGCAAUAAUAAACUGAAUUCAUCAAGUAA